CCUCCAUGCUGCAGUCGGGAGAGAGAGAGACGAGAGGGAGACGAUGGCUGCAACUCUGAUGGCAUCGUAGAGCAUCCAGCCAGUGUCAAGUGAAUCUCCUCUGUUGCACACUUCGAUCAAGCCCCGCACAUGUCGCCAGAAGAUAUAGCAAGGAGGGAAUGCGCUCGCCUCGAAACGUGGAGUGAUGUGGAUCAGAGAUCGAUCGUCGUCGAUCCGUUGAAAGGAGGGAUGUCCAAUAGCAUGUUUGUCUGUCGGUCCGCAGGGAACAUGGCGGUAGUUCGAUUUUUCGGUCAGAUGGGAGGAUUGAUAGAUCGGAACGAAGAGGUCCAAGUGUUCCUCGAGAUGUCACGGAGGAGACUGGGCCCGGCAUGUCUGGGGAUGAUAUACUCCGAUGAACAACAGCCCUCCCCUCCUGCAAGUGGCAAGGCUGAGAGCGAGGGCCGCCCGGCUGCCUUGCCCAUCGGACGCAUCGAGGAGUUUCUGCAAGGAUGGAGGACCCUUGAACCCAGCGACUACCGCGACGACGUCAUGAUCGGGACGAUUGUGACGAACAUGAAGAAAUGGCACCAGACUCAGGUGCAGUCGGUGACUUGCAAGCCUCGCAUCCUCCAAGAUCUCCGUCGCAUGCUCCGCAAGAUCGCUUCAAACGAUGGCGAAGUGUUUGAAAAACUUGCAAGUUUGGGGUAUGAGGGCAAAGCUGACGUUGUUGGACAAGCAACCAAGUUCGUUGAGGAAUAUGCAAGUAUGACCUUGAGAGAAGAGGAGCUUGGCUUCUGCCACAACGAUCUCCAAUAUGGGAAUGUCAUGGUGAAAGAAUCGACGAAAGAGCUCACGUUCAUCGAUUUUGAAUACAGCGGGUACAACCCCAUCUACUACGACAUGGCGAACUUUUGGUGUGAGAUGGCGGCUGACUACACAGAGGGCGUCUAUGGGUGCGGAUUCCACCAGCCUCUUGGCCCAGAAGGGUUUCCCAGCGAGGAGACGCAAAGGGCAACCGUGAGACGCUACCUGAGCGCAGGAGGAGAGAAGCCGAGUGAGCAGGAGAUAGAGCGUUGGAGGAUGCAGGCUCUCCGUUGGGUGACAGCAAGCCACCUCUUCUGGGGGCUGUGGGGGCUGCUGCAGGCCGAGAAUGUCUCGAAACCGUUCGAGGAGGGUGAGUUCAACUAUGUGCUAUAUGCUGAGAACCGCCUGUCUGCCUUUCAACGUGAUUGGGGCCUAGCGGGGCAAUGAGAGGCUCUCUCUAUUCAUAUGAACUCGGAAGAG